AAAGCAUUGACUCUUAUCUUUCGCCAUUUACUUCAAACCUAUAACUUCUUCUCUUCAUCGCCUUCUAGUUCUAGAUGUCGAAAGACAAACUGCACAACCCUAAACUCUAAAUCACAUAUUCUCUCUUCUAAACCAAACCAAAGAUUAUAUAUUUCAAUAAAAUUUAGCAAAAGUGGAUUCUCGGGAUCCUGUGGGAAGAUGUCCUUUCGAGGCGAUGAACCUGAUGAAAAGGAAGAGGCCGAGGAAGAUGAGAACUUGUUCCCAGUCUUAUCGGCCCGAUCUCAACAUGACAUGCGUGUUAUGGUCUCGGCUUUGACUCAAGUAAUCGGAAACCAACAAAGCAACUCUCACGGUAGUCCUCCUGUGUACAAUCCACAAGACCCUAGUCAAACAGUUGCUCCAAUUCAUCAAGAUCAAGGGAACUCGAUGAGGAGGAGACAUUAUAGAGGCGUAAGGCAAAGGCCAUGGGGCAAAUGGGCAGCUGAAAUACGAGAUCCACAAAAGGCUGCACGUGUGUGGCUCGGGACAUUUGAAACCGCUGAAUCCGCAGCCUUGGCUUAUGAUGAAGCUGCUUUUAAGUUCAAAGGAAACAAAGCUAAACUCAAUUUCCCGGAGAGGGUUAAUGUUAUCAAUAAUGAUCAGCUAUCAAACUCUGCUUAUUACUCCUCCAAUCAAAUUGAGUCGCAUAAUAUACCAUACUAUAACCGAUAUUAUCAAGAUGGGAGUAAUAAUGAUAUGUUAAGCUUUAGUUUAACAACUAGUACUACUACUGCUGGAACAACUUCUUCGUCUUCUGUUGGCUCUUCUAGGCCACAAGAAGAGCAAGAUUAUGACAGAUUUUGGCGGUUUGGGGAUUCUUCUUCCUCUUCUUAAUCGGAUCUUUGAGAUGAUAAAAUAUAUGUAAGAUAUUUGGGUUACUUGUGAUGAAGAGAUGAUAUGUUUCUUGAAAUGUUUCUGAUGUUUUCUCUCAUAUUCUAGUUCGUUCGUUCAA